CCUGUUUCUCGAUUAUUCUCAAGUUGUAUGCUGCUUAGGAUGGCGCUGCGUUUCUCACACGGUAUCUCCCCCACCUCAAGCUCUAGCGCCUGGCAUUCAGGAGGCCUCAGGGGACAUUUUGAUUUUCGGCAUCGCCCCCAGCACGUGUGGGAUGAGGGCGGCAGGGGCGCUGGUGGCUUCUGCAGCCUCCAUCCUCCACUCAAAAGCAUGGUUGCUCGCACGAGACUGCCUCUGGAAGACAAGUUUCUGGUCAUUUGUCUCCCUCUGGGCACAAGCCUCGGCUAAAUACAUGGACCAGGUUCGUAUCUCCUGUUUUUUCGUCGUCCGCCUUCCUGUCCGACGGUUGCCAGUCAUUUUUCUUUGACUAUACUCCAUCAUCUGAGCCAAUUACUGUCCCUGUGACAAGUGAGUUUGCUGUAUCAACAUUCGGACGUGCACUUAUUCAUGAACAGCUCAGUGCGAAACGAUCCAUAUAUCCUGGGAUCGGACCUCGGCUGCAACUGGGUUUGUGGCCAUGCACCGCCCGACUUCGGGCCACUUACUCCCAUUUCAUUUAGACCCAGUCCAACAGCUCCGUAUUACCUUCAAAUAUAUACUUCUGCAUUUGUAUUCCCAUUUGUCGUAGCAGCGGGUGAUGGCCUAUCGUUUGAUUGGCAAGUUCCAUUUGCUCCAGGGACCUUGUUUGACAAGAAUGGGUACACGGGUGGGUGCCAAGCCACGUACUCGAUGAUAGCCAAUACGACCGAUACACCUUCCUGUUCGAACGUUACUUUCCCCCUUGGACCGCUGAAUAUCGAUGCGGAAGUAGCAAACGGUCCAUUAUCUCAGUACGGUUGGAUCGAUCAGGUUGCGCCGGCAUUGCACCCGCCAUACAACCUCACUUUUAAUGACAUACAGACAGUCAAUUGGACGGUAGACCUGUCAUGGGCUUCUCCAUUUUUUAUCAGUGUCGUCGACGCCGACUUCAAUUUCUGGUCUUAUGGACCUCUUCAUAGUGGAGGUGGAGGUACGACUGCCUCGGGAAACGACUGUGUACCUAUUGCAGCAACGAUUGGUGCUGGGGUGGGUGGUCUCGUGGUUGGAUUGCUUGCAGGGUUGGUGACUACCCUCUGCUUCAUCAAACGGAGACAGCGCAAAAAAGCAGAUGAGCAGUUUAUGCCCCUCGGAGUCUCGCCGUCCUUGUCCCACAACGCACAAUACCGACCAGUUCCGUCUACACCGCUUUCUUUACAGCCAGACACUGCCUAUACUCAGCACCCUCCAAUAGGCCAAAGUGGAAGCAGCUAUCAAGUGGAGCCGUUCUCUAUGCCUGGCGAAGGCAUGCACUCACAUCGUGGGGCUACAUCGCCGACUUCUAUGAACGAAUAUGUAAACAACCACGCAUCCUCUGUUGCUCAUGAAUCCAUAGCGCCAUCACAGGCCGGAAGCGGAGGCUCCCGCAUUCAGUCUGGUCAGGUGUACGUGGUGCAUCACGACGGCGGAAGAGCACCUGUCACCGUAUAUCACGAAAACGGGACAGAGGUCGUGGAACUGCCACCCCGGUAUGCCGAGGAUGGUCUAAGAACAUCAUACGAUGUACAAAGCGAAGGGCCAAGCAGCAGUGGCGGUAGCGAAGUUACCCCGAGCACAGCGUCCCGAGACUACUUUAACCAGCCUAGACGACCUGGAGGCGCACCGAAGAAGCCACAGACGUCCUUCUCCUCGAAGGCCCCACCGUAGUUUCCCUCCUUCUUUUGGUUCUUUACGGGCUCAUAAAGGCCUGGGUAUCACUGACUUAUCUUAAUCGUUCGUUUCAAUACCGUGUAAAUUGCGGUGCAGACAUUUGUUGUCUAUUCUUCUCUAAUGUAGUGCCGAUUUAACGAGUAGAU